AUGGCUGAAGUUUCAUGGAUUUGCAAACGAACAGUAGUGAGCACAAAGCCAGUUGAAGCAGGAAAAUUCUGCCCUCUAUCAGUUCUAGACCGCAUUAUGGAACACAAUCAUGUGCGCGUUGUGCUCUAUUAUCGGUGCCCCAAAGAGAGGAAGGCAGGGGAAUCGACUAGAAUGCUAAGAGAAUCAUUAGCUGAGUUGCUUUCUGCUUAUCCCAUCGUGACGGGACGGUUACUGAAGACAGCAGAAGGGCAUUGGAUGAUCAAGUGCAAUGAUGCUGGUGUAAGAAUGGUAGAGGCAAGAGCAAAAGGGAGCGUGGACAAAUGGCUGCAGAAUUUUGACAGGGAGAAGGAGCUCAACCUUGUACACUGGGAGCCAAUGUUUCACAAGCUGUAUUUCUGGUCUACCUUUUAUGUUCAGCUAACUGAAUUUGAAGAAGGGGGACUAGCAGUUGGUUUGAGCUGUGGUCACCUACUUUCUGAUCCCAUAUGUGUUACCAUAUUCAUCAAAGCAUGGGCUGACAUGACUUUGAAUGGGAAGAUGGUAACUCCUCCACUAUUUCACAGAUUGCCACGAAGAGGACAAUGCAAUGAGACCACUAACCCCCAACCCUUCCCUGAAUUGAUAAAUUAUUACAAAUCAACUCUAGAAAAACCAGUCCCAGUGGUUCAAGCAAAACAAACAACUAUAAAAUUAGCAUUCGGUGAUGAAAUGGUCAGAAGUUGCAUAGCCAUGAGCCAUGCACCAGGUUCACCUGAUGAGCCAAGCCCAACACCUUUUCAAGCCCUUGCUGGACUAUUUUGGGUUGGCAUAAGCAAAAUCAAAGGCCUAAGAAAUGGUUUAAUCAGCAUGUCUAUUUGUUUGGACAUGAGAAAAGUUCUAGGCUUGGACAAAGGCUUCUUUGGGAACUGCAUGGUUUAUAAUCAGGUACCUGGAGAUGGUAUAGAAGAAUAUGAACUUUCCAAAGCAGCAAAUGCAAUAAGAGAAGUGGUGGAUACAAUGGAUGCAGAAGGGAUCAUGAACUUGAUUGAGUGGAUGGAAGGAAAAGCCGAUCAAUUUUCUUGCUUGAUGAAUGGUUAUGAUCUCAUUUGUGUUAAUCUAGAGCAUGUGGAUUCAUAUUCAGCCAUUUUUGAAGAAAAUUUCAAGCCAAUUCAUGCAUCUUAUUACAUUGAACCAACAGUAGGAGAGGGAAUGAUAUUAGUCCUCCCAUCACCACCCGGUGAGGGUUCAUUUAGUCGCGUAGUUAUGAUCACACUUCCUGAAGAUGAAGCCAUUAACCUUCUUGAAGACAAGUUAAUCCAGCAAUUUUCCCCAACCAUUCUGAUGAUGGCAGAUAAGAAGCACACUACCGCAAACUCUGAUCCUUGA